UGCUGUUCUUCUUCUGCGGGCUUGACGCUUGUACUUUCCAGGGGAACCGUCAGCUGUUUGCAGUCCGGACUCAAUAAGCUCAGUUUGGGCUUCAGAAACUUCUCCACCGACCGGAACACCACCUCAGAGCCGAACUGAUCGCUUGUUCGACGGUCGAAGCGACGCGCUGAGGCGCUGCGGGAAUGGCUCGCCCGAGCGCAGGACGGACAGCUCGACUGGGUGCUUAGCAUGAAAGCGGAACAUCUAGAGUCAAACCUGCGGAAACGAGUCGGAGUCGGAGGCUGCGUGGUGACGUUAUUUCUCCACACUGAGAUGGGCGUCAGACAGCUGCUGGAGGUGUGCUGCCUGCUGCUGCUCAGCGCAGACGCUGCGUGUGGAGACUGGCAGGAGACUGAACAUCCCUCUUCAUAUCAGCUGACUGUCCCUCGACUGAUAGGAGGCAGGCUGAGGCGAGAUGUGGACGGCAACCCACCUAAUGAGGUGUCUUACAUCAUCACUGUGGAUGGAAACGAUCAUGUUGUUCAUCUACAGAGAAAUAAGCUGCUGCUGCCUGCUGACUUCACAGUGUUCACCUAUAGCCCCAAUGGAUCGAUCAUCACGUCCAGACCACCCGUACAGAACCACUGUCACUAUCGGGGCUUCAUUCAGCACAUGGAGGGCUCCUCUGUGGCCAUGAGCAUCUGCCACGGCCUUAGGGGAGUGUUGCAUCUCACCGAUGACAGCUACGGUAUUGAGCCGCUGGCGUUGGGGCCUGACCAGCACCGCUUGUACCGUCUGCGGGACGUGAAGGCGCAGCCGCGGGGCUGUGGGACGCCACACCACGGGCCCGGCAGCGCCACGGACCAGGUCCCCCACAGGCAGCACAGCAGGAUGAAGCGAGCCGUCCUGCAUCAGACUCACUACGUGGAGCUUCUGUUGGUGGUCGACAAUGACAGGUACAAGUACAUGAACAGGAACGACACGGCGGUGAGGGAGGACAUGAUUUCUCUGGCCAACGUUGUGGACAGCAUCUAUGUGCAGCUGAAUGUCCGGGUGGUUCUGGUCGGUCUGGAGAUCUGGACUCAGCAGAACCUGAUCAGGACUGAGGGAGGAGCCGGAGAAGUGCUGAGUCUCUUCACCCAGUGGAGAGAGAAAGAGCUGGUUCCUCGACGCCGGCAUGACUCUGCACAGCUGAUCCUGAAGCAGAAUUUCGGCUCAACGGCUGGGAUGGCCUUCGUGUCCACCGUGUGCUCCAGGAGUCACGGGGGAGGGAUCAACGCGUUCACCAACAACAAUGUUGUGCUGUUCGCGUCCAUCGUGGCUCAUGAGCUCGGUCACAACCUGGGGAUGAACCAUGAUGACGGCCGCUCCUGUAGCUGCCCCACCGGCGCCUGCAUCAUGAACUCUGGAGCCACAGGAUCCAGAAACUUCAGCAGCUGUAGUGCUGAUGAUUUUGAGAAGAUGAUUUUGUUGACGGGAGGAACAUGUCUCCUGAACGUUCCCCGGCCCGACGAGGCCUAUAGCGCCCCCUACUGUGGGAACAGGCUGGUGGAUGUGGGGGAGGAGUGUGACUGUGGCUCACAGAAGGAGUGUGAGGAUGACCCCUGCUGUGAGUUCAGGACCUGCAGGCUGAAGCCUGAUGCCCAGUGUGCGUAUGGAGAGUGCUGCCUCCGUUGUCAGUUUCUCCCUGGGGGCUCGGUGUGUCGCUCCUCUACAGACAGCGAGUGUGAUCUACCAGAGUACUGCAACGGCUCCUCCUCCUUCUGUCAGAGUGACGUCUUUGUUCAGAACGGCCACCCGUGCCGGAACCAGCAGGCCUACUGUUACAAUGGGAAGUGUCAGCACUAUGACGGACAGUGUCAGGCCAUAUUUGGGUCCAAGGCCAAGGCAGCUCCUGAACUCUGCUUUAAAAACGUCAAUAGUAAAGGAGAUCGUUUUGGCAACUGUGGUUACCAGAACUUUGGCUACAAGAAGUGUGAGAGCAGAAACGCUUUGUGUGGGAAGCUGCAGUGUUCCAAUGUCCAAACAACGACAGUUUUUGGUAUUGAGCCAUCAAUCAUCAGCACGCCGACUGCUGCAGGGAAAUGUUUUGGAGUUGAUUUUAUGCUGGGAUCAGACGUCCCUGAUCCAGGAAUGGUGAACGAGGGAACCAAGUGUGGUGACAACAAGGUGUGCAUGAACUUUGAGUGCCGCAGUGUGGAUGUACUGCGCUACGACUGUGACGUGGGGAGGAAAUGUCACGGACACGGGGUGUGUAACAGCAACAGGAACUGUCACUGUGAUGACGGCUGGGAGCCGCCGUUCUGUGAGGCCAGAGGUCACGGGGGCAGCGUGGACAGUGGCCCCACCUGGAACGAUAAAGACACGUCUCUGAGGGACGGGCUGUUGGUCUUUUUCUUCAUCAUUCUUCCUCUCCUCGCUCUGGGUGCAUUUGUUUUCCUACGCAGGAAGGAGGUGCUGAGUCGACUUGGGCUGAGCCGCAGGAAGAGAUCGCAGGGUUACCAGGCCGACCAAGCAGCUUUAGCCAAACCCAGCCGAGCAGCGCCUCCCAGAGCGCAGCCGCCAUCUGUGGCCCGCAGCAGCACCACAUCAACCAACAUCGUGAGAGACGGGCAUCACGCUCAACUCCUGCCACCACCGGAGGUGGUGGAGACCAGCCGGACGGCUCCGUCCUACUCUGUGAGGCCCCCUCCUCCUCCACAGAAACCAAAACCUGUUGCUGCAUCACAGCCUCUGGUGCCUCAAAGAGCUGCUCCUCCUCCACCGGUUUAGCACCUGGACGUCUCCUUUCUCCCCUUUUUGUAUUCAGCUUCAGUCCACCAUGUAGGCAGCAGGAAGGGAGUGGGAUGCUCCCAAAGUGGCUGAUGAUCUCGACAACCCAUCUUUCUUUAUUUUCUUGCUUUGAAGCUUGGUCAGAGGUCAGAAGUCAGCUCCAUCAGCUGACCCCUGUCUGCUUUGUCAUUAAAGCAGCCAAUCAAGCCAUCAUAUAGUAUUUACAUCAACAUCGGGUGUAAUUCAUUUGCUGAACCUCUGAUGAGCAUUGAGAUUACGCAAUCGCAGGUGCAUCCAUUUGUGGACUGAGGCUGUGCUAUGAGCCUAGUGAGUGAGUUGCUCUGUCUCCACUGUCCCAACGUAGACAUUGUGUCAUCACUGACAUUUGUCAUCAUCAGGUUCAAAGUGUUGUGUGAGCUCAAGCAGUCACUAACCCAAAGUCCGAUGAAGAGAACCGGCCUCUACGUUUUGUUCUGUAUACCAGAUGUGUAAGGUAUCAACGAAUGGAAGUUUACGACCACAAGUGAAGCAGUCCUGCUACCUCGAGGGCAGUGAGGACCGCCCGUGUCUCUGCUAGUUUACACCUAACCCCACAGACGGACGUGGCUGCAGAUUUGUGGUCACUCUGCUCCAGGACCCCAUUGACUUGUGUCUGUCCAGCCUCUUUUGUCUGUGGAGAUAUUAAAUAGGUUUAAACUGAUUGGCUGCUUUGAAGACAGACAUCACCUGUUCACUCACCUGGACUGUCUUUCAGUCCUCCUUCCUCUGUCUGAGUGCACCUCCCCUUCUGCUCUGCACUGUCGUGGGAAUGUAACGCACCCCUUGCUGCUGCAGCCGGCUCGCCCCGGUCAACACUCUCCGGGAUUGUAAAAUGGCAGUGUGCAACGAUGCCUGAGUGCGAAGCUCUGUGGGUUUCAGUUGCGGUCCUGUGGAUCUAAGUGGUACAGUAUGUUGAGGUUCAGAUAUUGAUGGCAUGUAUUCAUUUGUAAUGUCACACGUGCAUGUGUCAGUAGGACACAAACAUUGGUGAUCAGUUUGUUUGAAGGGUCCAUUUUAAAUGGCUGUGAUUCUGGCAGAACUAACCUGAUUGUUGAAAGGAGGAUUGAUGCUCACAUUGCUCUUUAGACUCCAGCAAUCGACUGUUCGGCAGAUCAACAUUACUGCUGGUUACAGGAUAAACCAUAGCGGAACCACAGCGAUCACAACAGUCAUACAACGAUGUUCAUUUGACUUUUGUUUUAUUUCAUUUGGUCAAGAGAAGAGGAGCCUUUGUUUUAUAAAAUAAGUGAUAUUUGGUGUCUUUUCUUUUUCUGAAGUUUGAUAAACAGUGAUUGAAUGCGCUGCUUGUCAUUUAGUUAAUAAUGUGCUGAACAUCCCAGACUGAACAGGUGUAACAGUGAUGAACCUCACUUUGGUUUUGUUUCAAACCGGGAUUUUUACGGCACAUGUAACAAACCAAAUGUUGAAUCUGGAUGCACUGUGUCGUGUGAAGACAUUGUUUUUUACCUGCUUAACAUAUUCUUAACUUGUCUUGAGUGUUUUGCACAUUGUUGACAAAAUGAGGAUUCAAAUACUUACCACAGGGCUCCUUUAGUGCCAAGAACUCAUGGAGGCAUGAGAUCAGCUCAUUACUGUCAGCCAACUGAUUCUGCUGCAGCUAAAAUGAGUCGAACCAGCACCGAAAAUGUUACCAGUCACCUCUGGUUUCUAUUUACCACACAACUUGAGUCUGUCCAUCUGAGUGAAACAUGCUGUAUGACAUUUCUUCACCCUGAAAAUGUUACUUUGUUUUAUUUUUGAGAUAAUAGUACAAAUAAAAGUCCCAGUAUGCA